AUGGGGGUAGAUAUAAGGACUAAUGUGUCAAAAUUCGAAGAAAAACCGCUAAGUGAUGACUUGGUGAUAAGUGGAAGGUUACCACCGAUGAUGGCAUCGGAGGACGCAAGUAAAGAAGAAAAUUCCAGAGUCCGCCGUCAGUUUGGUGGCCAGGGCGGUUUUGGUGGUCAGGGUGGUUUUGGAGGCCAGGGUGGAGGUGCCGGUCCUGGUGGAUAUGGAGGCCCUGGUGGUUAUGGAGGCUAUGCUGCUGCUUGCGGCGGUUACCAAGAAAUGGACGCUGAAUGUGAGGUUGGGAGCGCUGGUGGUAGUAGUCCCGAAGGAACUGAGGGUUACCCUAGAGGUUUAUACCAUGAGGAGUCAAGAAUCGCCAUGUGGGACUGUUUUAAUUCAGAAACGCCUCAUGGCGUGAAGGUUCCCGCCAAUGACGGCAUCAAGGGGGAUAGAUGCAGGCGAAGGCGGUGGAAAAACGGGUUGCAGCCGAUGAUGGCAUCGGAGGACGCAAGUAAAGAAGAAAACUCCAGAGUCCGCCGUCAGUUUGGCGGCCAGGGCGGUUUUGGUGGCCAAGGUGGUUUUGGAGGCCAGGGUGGAAGUGCCGGUCCUGGUGGAUAUGGAGGUCCUGGUGGUUAUGGAGGCUAUGCAGCUGCUUGCGGCGGUUACCAAGAAAUGGACGCUGAAUGUGAGGUUGGGAGCGCUGGUGGUAGUAGCCCUGAGGGUUACCCUAGAGGUUUAUACCAUGAGGCCUUCAGAAGUCGAGAAUCGCCAUGUGGGAAUGUUUUAAGUCAGAAACGCCUCAUGGCGGGAAGGUUCCCGCUAAUGAUGGCGUUAGAGGGAAUAGAUGGAGGUGAAGAUGGUGUAGAAACUGGUGGUGCUGGUGCAUACAUCAAAUCUUCACAGUCCAGAGUCCGCCGUGACUGGAAUGGUCCUGGUGGUGUAGAAACUGGUGGUGCUGGUGCAUACAUCAAAUCUUCACAGUCCAGAGUCCGCCGUGACUGGAAUGGCCCUGGUGGUGGAGGACCUGGUGACGCUGGUGGUUAUGCUUGCGGCUAUGGUGGUGCUGGUUGUGGAGGCCCUGGUGGUGCUGGAGGUCCUGGUGGCGUUGGUGGUUAUGCUUGCGGCUAUGGUGCUGCUGGUUGCGCUGCCGGCUAUGGUGCUGAUGGUGGUGGAGGCCCUGGUGACGCUGGAGGCUAUCAAACUAGACCACCCUAUCCACCCUGGAACCCUCACUGGGGCUAA